AUGACAGAAAUAACCGACCGUUUAAACGAGUUCACAGCUCCUGUCUCGAUGAAAGCUGGAGUGAAAGGACUCGUCGAUGCAGACAUAACUCAAGUUCCUCGAAUCUUCCAUUUCCCCUCUUCAGCUUUAUCCAACAACAACGGUCCUUCUGAUAUCUCCGGUUUAAACCUCACCGUCCCAAUCAUCGACCUCGGAGACAUCAUCAAAGAUCAUGAUGACAACACAGCUGCACGAAAUGUCGUCGUUUCGAAGAUCAAAGAAGCAUCAGAGACUUGGGGUUUUUUUCAAGUGAUCAAUCAUGGUGUUCCUUUAACUGUUCUUGAAGAAAUCAAACAAGGAGUUCGAAGAUUUCACGAAGAAGAUCCAGAGGUUAAGAAACAAUACACAUCUCCCACCGGCUUCAACAACCAGAAAUUCAUUUACAGCCACAACUUCGAUCUUAAUGAUUCUUCUCCUUUGAAUUGGAGAGACACUUUCAUCUGUUUCCUUGCUCCAGAUCCUCCAAAUCCAGACGAAAUCCCACUAGCUUGCAGGGAUGCUAUGAUCGAAUACUCGAAACAUGUAAUGGAGUUUGGAGCUUUCCUCUUCCAACUUCUCUCUGAAGCUUUGAGUUUAGAGUCUGAGAUGCUUAAGAAGAUGGAUUGUCUUAAGGGUUUGUUUAUGGCCUGCAAUUAUUACCCACCUUGUCCGCAACCUGACCUAACUUUAGGCAUAAAUAAACACACCGAUAACUCUUUUCUCACUCUUCUUCUUCAAGACCAAAUCGGUGGUCUUCAAGUUCUUCAUCAAGAUUAUUGGGUCGAUGUUCCUCCUAUUCCUGGUGCUCUUGUCGUCAACAUUGGUGAUUUCAUGCAGCUGAUAACAAACGAUAAGUUUUCGAGUGUGGAGCAUAGGGUAAGGGCGAACAGAGAUGGACCGCGGAUUUCAGUCGCGUGCUUCUUUAGCUCGAGUUUGUUUCCAAAUCCCACGGUUUAUGGACCAAUCAAAGAGCUUCUGUCUGAUGAAAACCCUGCAAAGUACAGAGAAAUCACCAUACCAGAGUACACUGCAGGAUACCUUGCGAACAGCUUCGAUGGAAAAUCGUAUUUGUCUAAUUAUAGGAUAUGA